AUGCGUGGGGGUUCCCAGUGGCCAAUCACAAGAAGGCUUCAUGAAGCCCUUGAGUGGGUGCGGGACCAGGAAACCGAAAAGACCCUCUGGAUCGACGCGAUAUGUAUCAACCAGUACGAUCUCAAAGAACGAGCCCAACAAGUGCAGCUAAUGCAACAUAUUUUUCGUCGAGCCGCCAACGUUCUAGUCUGGCUUGGCCGUUUAAUGUCGGAUGCGAUGGAGAACUUCAUUUUGGCAAUCAACAAGAAGGCUUUGUCGAAUCGGGAUUUUCGCUCUUCUUGGAGUGAGGCCGAAGUCAGAGAACACCAGGAUGGGAUUGUUGAAUUCACAGGACUGGAAUAUUGGCACCGAACGUGGAUCAUACAGGAGCUCGCUUUAGCCCGCAGCGUGCAUUUUAUCUUCGGGUCUCAGCGCUUCACAAUGAAGGACCUGGAAAAGGGACUAUUUGUUGCACUCAUGCCCACCGCGCUGGGACAACUUCUCAGGGACAUUAGGCAUAUAGCAAAUGCUUCCGAUCUAUUGUCUUUGGCAACCACCGAAAGUCGGGACGGGAAUGCCGGGCGACUAACCCAAUUGUUGUAUAUGAGCCGAUGUUCGCGGUGCUCGGACCCUAGGGACCGCAUUUAUGGAUUGUUGGGAAUUAUGACGAACAUGUUCGACGCAGAUUUCCUGGAAGCUGAUUAUGAACAGAGCACAAUGGAUGUAUACACCAAUUUUGCAGGCAGAUUGAUAAGCAAGAGUGGUUCCCUGGCGAUUCUGAAUCAGACAGAACAUGUCUUCAAUUCGGUUGUGGGACUGCCGACAUGGGUUCCAGAUUGGUCCUCACGAUUUAAUCAUUCUUAUGCUGCGUUCCGAAAACCUUAUCACGAGAAGUUCAACGCAUCUGGAACACAUCUGAAAGACACAUAUUGGCCUGCGCCCGGAUAUACUCUAUCUCCUAAAUUGAAGCUCUGUGGCUUCCUCUUUGGCAGGGUAAGGGCGACUGGCUUAUGCAACGAUCGCAGGUACGAUGAGGUUUUCUUGGACUGGAGAAAACUAUACCCGGGGUCUGCAAAGUCAUUCUCCCGCACAAUGGUCCUUGAUCACUUCACCAGGCCGGCAGACCUAAGGGAUAUCUAUGUGAUUUUACAAGGGUUCUCAGCAGUACCGAUCGGCCAGUACCAUCCAUUCAUCCUCGAAGCCACACUGUUCAGACGUUUCUUCGUCAGCGAGAAAGGACUCCCGGGCCUCGGGCCAAUCGAUACUCGAGAAGGAGAUUCCCUCGCAAUACUCGCUGGUGGCAAGGUACCAUACAUCCUGCGAAAGAGCCCAAAUGCCACCGCUUCCUCCCCUAAUCUAUUCACCUUUGUCGGUGAGGGCUACGUUGACGGUGUUAUGUACGGGGAGCUAUUAGAAGGGCCUGAAGCGCAUGUUUUUGAAGACAUCUGGCUUGAAUGA